CGCGCAUCGUGAUUGGACCAAUGUUGACGUGCCAUAACCUCAAAAGUAAAUUAAAUUUUAAAUCGAAAGAAUGUAAAUAGGCAAAAGAUGAAUUUUUUAAAUGAUACAAUCGUCAUGCUCACGUCUCAGACGUUGUUCUUUAUCGGUGCGUGGCUCUUCUUCGUCAAGCAACUCUUUAAAGACUACGAAGUGCGGCACCUUCUCGUUCAGACGAUCUUCUCGAUCACGCUCGCCCUAUCGUGCACGAUGUUCGAGCUGAUCAUCUUUGAGAUACUCGGCUGUUUAGAUUCGAGCUCGCGGUACUUCUAUUGGAAUUUAACAUUGUACCUGUUAGUCGUGAUGGUGGUCGUCUUCAACCCGUUUUACAUAUUCUUCUGUAGCAUUAGGAAUAUUCCGUUCGUUAAGCCAGAAUUCGUGAAGCAUUUAACCAUUUUCGUUUGGUUCAUUUUUUUGAUAAUCUUUUGGAAAAUCGGCGAGCCGUUCCCGAUUACGAACCCGAAGCAGGGAAUACUCUCGAUGGAGCAUUUAGUGUCGCGGAUCGGCGUCAUAGGAGUUACCGUGAUGGCAAUCCUGUCGGGUUUCGGUGCGGUCAAUUAUCCGUACACGUCCAUGGCCUACUUUAUGAGAGACGUUUCGCCGGCCGACGUGACCAGCAUCGAAAAGCGCCUAAUGCAGACGAUGGAGAUGAUCGUAAUGAAAAAGAAACGUCUGGCCGUCGCGCGAAAGCAGACGAUGGAGAGGAUGUCGCGCGAGGGCGGCAAAGAGAGGAGUGGAAUUUGGGGCAUUCUGACGUCGGUGACCACGAACCGAAGCACCGAAAACAUCAACCAGCUGAAGCUCGAGAUUUUGGGCCUGGAGGAGUUGAGCAGGCAGCUGUUUUUGGAGGCGCACGAGAACCACAACAUGUUGGAGCGGAUCGAGUGGUCCAAGACGUGGACGGGAAAGUACUUCAACUUCCUGGGCUACUUCUUCUCGAUGUACUGCAUGUGGAAAAUUUUUAUUUGCACAAUUAACAUUGUAUUUGAUCGAGUCGGCAAGAAGGAUCCGGUAACUAGGGGUAUUGAGAUCGCCGUUAAUUGGAUGGGGCUGGACUUUGAUGUCGGGUUUUGGUCCCAACAAAUUUCAUUUUAUUUAGUCGGUUGUAUUGUUGUCACUUCAAUACGAGGACUACUGUUGACGUUAACAAAGUUUUUUAAUAAAAUCUCCUCGAGUAAAAGCUCCAACAUCAUUGUAUUGGUCCUCGCGCAAAUAAUGGGCAUGUACUUUGUGUCGUCCGUGCUUCUGCUGCGAAUGAAUAUGCCCGCCGAGUACCGGAUAAUUAUAACGCAAGUAUUAGGUGAUCUACAAUUUAACUUCUAUCACCGUUGGUUCGAUGUGAUAUUUCUUGUAAGCGCGGUCAGUAGCAUUAUUACGCUUUACAUUGCACAUAAAACGCCUAUACACGACAAUAUGUAAUUAAUUUAAGUUAACGAAUAGGUUAAGUGCCGUAUUUGGGAGACUGUCGAACAGUGACAUUUGAUCUCAAUUGAGAACUCGUGAGUAGGUACUUUGAUCAUUAUAUACAUUUUAUAAUAAAUCUAUAAACAAUA